CACAGGACAAUCCAGCUGUGGCGGCCGGGGAGGGGGCCUGACCCCCCCCUAUGGCAGGGGACAGCCGUCGGAGGCCACCGCAGUGCACCAUCCCUUAUCAGCCCAUCCCAAGCACCCAGGAGGCCAUCUGCACCCAUCAACCAUGUAGGUUCCACCGCUGGUCACCAUGUACCAGCACUGCGCGGCUGUCCUCUGUGUCCUGGCCGUGCUGGGGCUGGAGGUGGCUGCGUUGGGGGAAUGCGAGCUCGCCCGACUGCUGCAGGACAAGCUGCGGUAUGAGAUGCGCCUGCAGUACAUGAAGCACAACUUCCCCAUUGACUACACUCUCCGGGUGCAGCACGAGGAGGUGCUGCGGACGGCCAACGUCACCCGCCUGCGUGAUGGAAAGGUGUCAGAGGCAUCGCUGCGCUACCUGUGGUUCCACGCCUGUUCCCAGGCAGUGCUGCACAUCCUCGAGGUGCUGCCGGAGAAGCACCCGUCCCGUGGGUACACGCAGGAGCUGAGCCAGCUUUUGGAUGCCCUGGGCAUGGAGUACAGUGGGUACCGGCAGGUAGGGCUGCCCCACUAUGGAGGGGAUGGUGUGGGCAGAGGGAUGUGGGUGGACCUCACCCCUCACAGCCCUGCAGUGAGGGUGACUCCAGAUGUGGGGCCGUGGGGCAGCGCUGGGGGGGAGCUCCACAUCUGGCAUUGGUGGUUCAGUGGUAGAAUUCUCGCCUGCCACGCGGGAGGCCCGGGUUCGAUUCCCGGCCAAUGCAAUGUUGUAAACCUUUUGCACCCUUUU